GCUAGUAUUGUGCCAAUAGCAAAUAUCGAGCGCAGUGUUCAUCUUAUUCCGAGGUUUGGUGUUAUAGCCCCACGAGAGUGGACGAGUGAUACAGUGCUUGAGGACUGUGAUACCUUCUGGUUGAACUCGUACAUAGAUAGAUAUACUUUUUCAAUGUUCAGAUAA